GAAGUAGUGUGCGGGAGUGUCGUUUUAUAAAUCGACGAAACUGUUGGAAAACAGGCUGGGGAAUAGAUCUACAGUGGAAUCCCGGUUUUUCGAAUGUUUGGUUCAAAAAAUCGGAGACUGAGGAUUCCACUGUAUAUCUAUUUCCCAGUCUUUUUGGAAAGGUGCAGUCAAAGAGAACUCAAAAACUCAUUCUUCUUUUUGCCUUUUUAGAAUCUUUGUCAAACAGCGUUUUCGAAGACCCUAAACAAGGGGAGUCAAAAUCUUCUGAAGCAGUUAGUGGAGCCGAUUCUGUGAGCUUGCCUGAGCCCCGACAGACUGAGGGACUUAAUUUGUCCCGAACAGAAGAUAAUGUUACAGAAGAAUCAAAAGACAUUGCCAUGGAAGUUUCUUCUGUGGAAACUCCGAUAGAGUUAACAAGCGAGACUUUUGGUUCACAGAGCGAUCAACCCUCGGCCGAAGUACCGAUGGAAGUUGACCUGAGCGUCGCGUCCAGCGGUUUCACCUCUGCAGAGCAGACACCAGAUAGUUCCCAGGCUGCCUCGGUGCUUAGUACUAAUGAGAGCGAAGUGUUGGAAACUGGUCAACCGAUUGAAAAUCUGGAAAAAGAGAAGUUGGAAAUUUUUGGUCAAGACUUUAAACUGAAGGAAGAAAUGGGAAGUUCCGAAGAUACUAAACCGUCCUCAUUGAGUUCAGAUUUAGUUGAUGACCGUGUAAGUGUUGAAACUUGUAAAUCAGAGGAGGGUUUAAAGGAAACAUCCUUAGAAUUCGACGAAUUAGCGGCACAGGAGACAGUGUUGUAUUUAGAAAAACCGCUCAAAGAAGAUCAAGAAGCAGAGAAGUUGAGAAGCCCCCAACUUGACAAAAACUCAGCUCAAGAGAAGGAAGAAGAAGGGACCAAGUCCUCGGCAGACGUGGAAGAUACUAAAAUUGAAACAGAGAAAAUUAGUGCAGCGAAUGAAAAUCUUGAGAAUGACACCAAGCCAGAAAAAAUGGACGCUGAUGAAGACGUUGAUAUGGUUGAAGCGUCGAAGGUUGUUUCGCCGACGACCUUAAGUGAUCCUGUGACAUCUUCCCCUAACACCGUGGUAGACGCAACACAGGGCGGUAUAGGAGUGGAGAGCAAGCGGGCCCCAUUAACGGCGGAGCAACAGGCCAAGAAGAAAGAGCUCAUGGAUCGCUGUAAUCAUGCUCUCGAGUACUGUCUGCGGCGGUUCCCUCAGCAUCAUAAGUCACGCUAUCGUCUGGCGUAUGUUUACUAUUACUCUCCUGAACAUAAGGAGACUAGCGCGUGCCGUGAUCUACUCUUGGGUAGCAACACAAGACAGUUCAAGACAUUUCCCUUUCCACAUCACGGAGUUUUUAACGAGAAAAGCAAGACAAACCUGUUCUCGGUAAGCAGUGUGUUGAGCUCUCAAAUUGCCCCCAAAACUGCUGUUGUACAAUGGUUGGUUUCCCUUCGGGGUUGGGUAGCAGUUCUUGCAAGGUCUCACAUGAAUGGCUCGAUACCCUUAGAGAGAACAAUAGAACAAACAACAGAAACAAUGCCCCUAGCCCUGUUACACUAGCACGACAGAAUUAAAAGCUUUAGAAAACUGCUACGCCUCCGUCCCUUGGUGGCUUUGUCAUUUGGGCCGAAGACUCAAGUUAGACCGGAGACUACUGAUACUCUUAGUCAACCCUUUAAAUCCCAGGACUGAUCAGAAUUUCUCAUUACAAUACCAAUACAUUAUCAAGCAGGCAGGUGACGAGAAUAAAGAAAAUCAUCAGCUAAGUGAUAACAUUUUGAGCUUGGGACUGAAAGGGUUCUUUGAGGACCAGUGUCCCUGUGUUUUAAAAUAUGAAGUAAGAACUUUUUAAACUUAACAAGUUAAAUGUAGAAAUAAAUUUUCAAGCCUCUUCCAGGCGCCCAGUUAAUUGGGACACGGCACGAAAAAAGCGGCGGAGCGAAAAAAGGAGAAAGGAAGCGGCUAGAAACUUUCUAAAGGAAUUUUUUUCGUGGUUCCAAACAAUCUCUGCUGAAGUAAUCAACUUUCCAAACAAGACUGAAUGCAAUUUAAGUUAAAGAAAAACAUUCGCAACAGUUUUGAGUUUAGAAGACAUGUUUCGACCGAUUUUGUCAAAUUCAGUUCUCAAUCAUACUUAUUUUGAAUUCAGCUUUGUUUUCUACGAUUUAGAACUGAAGACAGUAGAAGAUCUGUGGAAAUCAAAACUGUUGUCGUUUUUCUUGAGCCUAGAUUUUUUUCUUUUUCUUAAGCCUAGUUGACACUGGCGACGUAACGACAUAAGAAGAACGUUAGGUCGCUAUGUUUGCAGUGUGAACAUCCUGACAUAAUGACAUAAUAGCAACAUAACAGCAUGAACAU